AUGAAGCUUCAGGUCCUCCUGACCUUCGGGAAGAAAAGCAGGGGGCACCCCACCCGAAAUUUUUGGAAGCUUUUUGGCAUGACCAUGAACAUGGACUGGAAGGAGCCCAUGAGCCCUCAGGACCUCGAUGCGCAGCGACGCGCCCGGGAGGAGCGAGCGCUGGUACAGGGGUCCUCGGAUUUCUUUGGGCUGAACCACUACUCCACGGACUUCGUGUCCGAGCGCCUCAGCACCUCCGACGGCGAGAAUUACUUUUCGGACCAGGCGGGGCUUGGGGACGCCCUGAGAGCUUUGCGGCCGGGCGCUGGGCUGCGCACGGACAUGGGCUGGGACGUGGUGCCCUGGGGCUUCGAGCGGCUGCUCACCUGGAUCCACCAAACCUACGCCCCGCCGGGCGGCAUCUUGGUCACUGAGAAUGGCUGCGCCAUCCGUGAGACCUGCGAAGCAGAUGCUCUCAACGACACCUUCCGGGUGGAGUACCUGCAGGGCUAUCUGGCGCAGAUGCACAAGGCCAUGGCCAACGGAGCGGAUGUGCGGGGAUACCUCGUCUGGUCAUUCAUGGACAACUUCGAAUGGGCUUUCGGCUUCUCGAAGCGGUUUGGUAUCGUGCGCGUGGACUUUGGGUCCCAGGAGCGCCUGGUGAAAGCCUCCGCGCGGCUGAUGGAAAGCCUCGCGAAGGAGAACAAGCUGAAGGUCCCUUCGCGCAUCCACUCCGCCGCGGAGUUCACCCCGUUCAACCGCCUGGAGGAGACGAAGCCGGAGAAGAAGGGCUCCCGGCCGCAACUCUCCAAGGAGGAUGCCCGCCGAAUGCUACGAGAGUUCUGCGAGAAAUACCAGGAUGACACGUUCCAGGGCAAGAUGGUCAACUGCUACCAGCAGUUCAUGAUCCACAAUGAUGAGCUCAAGCUGCUGAAAGCGCGGCGGAGCCUUUGCAUGCCGAUCCAGGCCGAGAUCAUCCCGAAGUACGGCUUCGAGCCCACUAGCCGCGGGGUGAGCCAAGUGCAAGCUACGCUCACCAAUGCCAGCAUGAUGGAGGAGAGCCAGACAUCAAGGACAUGA